CGCCAUCACUGGAAAACACCUCAACAUUGUCAUCUUACUUCUUAAAAGUGGGGCAGACGUUAAAUCCAAAGAUGGACGAGGAGACACUCCUUUACAUGAAGCUGUGCGUACUGAAGAUGAAAACAUUGUGCAGGCUAUCUCAUCACGAAAAAGAUGUCCUAUCAAUGCCAAGGGACAUGGAGAUUACACGCCAUUACAUAUUGCUGCUCAACUUGAUAAUGUAAUGAUAUGUAAAAUACUGGUCAAUCUAGGAGCAGAGAUAACAGAGAAAAGUGAAGAUAAUAUGACUCCCCUUGCAAUUGCUGUGGCUAAAGGAGCAAGUGAUGUUGCACAGUACCUUUUUGAAGAAGUGCAAGCAAAAAAGUUAGAUACAGCGCCACUAUUCUACAAUGUUGGUUCUGAUGGAAGUACGCUGUUACAUCUGGCAGCAGAUAGUGGUAUACUUCCGAUUGUAGAUUUGUGUCUUAGGAGUGGAUGCCACAUUGAUGAUACAAAGGAAAGUGAUGGAACUACUGCCUUCCAUGUUGCCUGUGCCCAAGGAUCUAUAGAAAUUGUUCAGUUGCUAGUAAAUCAUAGUAAAGACAUAUGCAAAGCUGAUCUGCAAGAUGCACACAACAUGACACCCUUGCAUCAUGCUGCUGCUUGUGGUAACAUGCCAAUUGUAACUUUUCUGAUUGAUCAGGGCGCUCAAGUUGAUCCACGAGAUAACAAAUGCCGUACCCCGCUGUUUCUAGCUUCCACGUCAGGAUUUAAUGACACCGUACAGGUCUUGCUGGAUAGAGGCGCUGAUGUUUCUCUAAAAGACACGGAGAGGCGCUCAGCAUUUCAUGCUGCAGUCGGACAUGCGGGCGUAAUGGAAACGUUAUGCAAGAGUCCUCUUAGCAAAACAUUAAUAGUCGAUAAAGAUGUUACAGGGUACUCGCCAGUUCACUAUGCAGCGAGAGCUGGGCAUCUCAAGAACAUUACCCUGUUUUUAUCGAAGAACAAAGCAGCAAAAACUGUGACGUCAGACUCUCUGGACACGCCCCUCCACAUCGGAGCAAAGUACGGCUGGCUGGCUAUCGUUCAAAUGCUUCUCAAGAAAAGGAACGCGCGUUUGAUCAACGCUCAGAAUAAACAAGGAAGAACUGCUCUUCACUUGGCAGCGGGGGAAGGUCAAGAAGAUAUUACUGAGUUGCUUUUAGUUGAAGGAGCUACGAUCGAAAGGGACCGAAGUGAACGUACACCAUUACAUCUCGCAGCACUGAACGGAUCAGAGACGUGUAUAGAUUAUAUUUUACAGUCCCAUCCAGACUGCCUUAACACAGUGGACAAAAAUCAGAACACAGCUAUCAAUUUAGCUGCCAUGUCCGGUCACGUCCAAAUUGUUUCUCGACUGUUAUCAGUUCCAGAGCAACAAAUUCUUUUGAAUAAAUUUAAUCAAACUGUUCUGGACCUUGCUAUCAACGCCGACAAACACGAGGUUGCUAUGAAAAUAGCAGAGCACGAAAGAUGGAAGGACGUCAUGUUAGUUUCCCCUGGGGGAGGAUUGGCGCAGCUUCAGACACUUGUCAAGAGAAUGCCUGACGUCGCUGAGAAAAUUUUAGAUCAAUGUGUAACGAGCGAAGGGGACCCAAACAGUAAAGACUACAAGAUUACGUACGAUCUUGGUCUAAUUCAGGGCAAAAACAGUUCCGAUCAGAAGCUCACGGACACAAUGAUAGCUUUGAGAACAAUGGCUGAAAGACGACGGGAAAACUGCCUGACACACCCAGUCUGUUUCUUCUUGAUGAAAUUAAAAUGGAAAAAAUUUGGAUGGCUUACCUUCACAAUCAACAUCUCACUCUACCUUGCCUUCUUGUUGUGCUUUACUACGCUGGUCGUGUAUCUGAGAUCCAAUGAUAAAGAGUUUUGUGGCUUUCAAAUUAACCAAACACGUAUAUGUGGCUCGCCUGUGAUUGUAAAGGGGGAUCCUAACGCCUACUUAGCAGAGUACACUACAGUGCAAUUAUAUACCGUUCGUAUGCUUCAUACUUUGGUCAUCGUGCUAGCUGUUUUUCACCUUAGCAAAGAGAUUCUGCAGAUUUAUAGACUAAGAUUCAAGUACCUUUUAGAUUUGACCAACUACAUCGAAUGGGGAAUCUACGCAGGCGCACUUGUAUAUGUAAUCCCUUAUAAGAUGUGCAAGUACCACGACGUUCCACAGGCUGCUGCCUUCUCGCUUUUUCUCGGCUGGUUAAACCUAAUUUUGUACUUCAGAAGAAUGUCCUUUUAUGGAAAAUAUGUCAUCAUGCUAACUACUAUGUUCAAAACACUGCUUCAAGUUAUGGUUCUUUUUGCCUUGUUUUUGAUGGCUUUUGGGACGACCUUUUUUGUGCUGAUGGACAACAAGCUGGCCUACAGCACACUGUGGUACUCAAUCAUGAAGACCUUCUCCAUGACUUUGGGAGAACUAAACUACGAGGACACAUUCAUUCCUUCUUCCAAGCUGCACUACGCUCCUGCUAUGAACAUACUCUUUCUGCUCUUCUGCUUAGGAAUGCCAAUCAUUCUGAUGAAUAUGUUGAUCGGUUUAGCUGUCGGAGAUAUCGAUAAGAUUCAGCAAAAAUCUGUUAUGGAUCGUUACGUCAUGCAGGUUGAGCUCCUAAUAGAGGUUGAGGAAUCUCUUCCUUCAUUUAUCUUGAGGCGAGUUCAAGUGAGCGAACACGUGGCAUACCCAAAUAGGAAAUCUCCUUUAAAAGCCAGGGUGUUGGACACCAUUCAAGGGUUCGGCGAGCCUGAAAAGACAGAAGAUGAGGACUCGAAUCUCCCACCUGCCUUGGCUCAAAUCGUUGACAGGAUAGAAGAUCAUGAGAAUAAGAUUGAUGAGAUGUAUGCUAUGAUGAAGGAACACACAACACUUCUAAGGGCUAUUGUUCGCCGUGAAGGAAUCGAUACCGAAAGUGGAGGAACCUUAAAGAAAGGAAUUGUUGGCUGGUUUAAGCGGCACUGAUCGACCAAAAGUAAAAGCAGAUGGAAGAUGGGAUAUAUUCAGUAUCUUACAUGAUUGAGUUGGCGGUGGUGGCACUCUCAGUCGAGCCUCACACAACCAUCAAAAUAAUAUUCAUAAGUAUUAUUUAAAUAAUAGGGUAUUAAGGUGGCUGACUACUUUUGAACGUUCGAUUUGAGCCUACGACGUGCGCGCGCUCAAAAACCGCUGGAUAAUUUUCACGAUUUUAAGAGGACAAAACCCUAAAAUUUUGCACGGAACUCUACACUUUUUUGUUGUUGUUAUUUUGCGGAAUAACAGGUAAUAUCCCAUUAUUUUUCAAAGUUUAAUACUAUUCUGUUUAUUAGAACGAUGUAAAAAAUCCUUCUGCUUGUUUUGUGCUCAAUUUUUACGAUAACUUGCACGCCGUAGAACCUGAACAAAAAAACGAUUUUCCAUUGUCUACAAUAGUUUAUUAAAACAACUUUUAUUAAUAUUUUAUAAAUAUAGUGUAAGAUACUUGUUCAAAAAAAAUUACUUAUAUUUCUUCCUUCGUUACGGUUUUAUGAUUUUUUUGUACAGAGCUGAUUUUCGCUAUUUUCCUUCGAAAAUUGUACAAACGCAUGUCAUUCUGGAGUGAUUAUCUCAAAAACAAGCUCGGGACACCCCAUUUUUCUUUGCAUUUUCAAAAUCAGUAUUAAGUUUCAGGUUAAAAAGUUUCAAUUUUCAAUUUUCUGUUUAUUAUUUACCA